GAGAGGAGAGGAGAGAUGGGAAGAGACGGGACAAGAAAGCUGCUGGCUGCAAAGAGGACCCACACCUCGCAAAUUGAAGUGAUCCCCUGCAAAAUCUGUGGGGACAAGUCGUCUGGGAUCCACUACGGGGUUAUCACCUGCGAGGGGUGCAAGGGCUUCUUCCGCCGGAGCCAGCAGUGUCACGUGGCCUACUCCUGCACCCGUCAGCAGAACUGCCCCAUCGACCGCACCAGCCGCAACCGGUGCCAGCAUUGCCGCCUGCAGAAAUGCCUGGCCCUGGGCAUGUCCCGAGACGCUGUCAAAUUCGGCCGCAUGUCCAAGAAGCAGAGGGACAGCCUGCACGCAGAAGUGCAGAAACAGCUACAGCAGCAGCAGGAACAAGCAGCCAAGACCCCUCCAGAGGGAGGCCAAGGAGCGGACGCCCUCACCUAUACCCUGGGGCUCCCGGAUGGGCAGCUGCCCCUGGGUGCCUCGCCUGACCUGCCCGAGGCCUCUGCCUGUCCCCCAGGCCUCCUGAGAGCCUCGGGCUCUGGGCCCUCGCAUUCCAGCAACUUGGCCAAGCCCGAGCUCGACGGGGCUUCAUACCACCUUGAAUACAGCCCUGAGCGGGGCAAGGCUGAGGGCAGAGAGGGCUUCUUUGGCACAGGCAGCCAGCUGACCCCUGACAGAUGUGGACUUCACUUUGAGCAACCCAGGCAUCCUGGGCUCGGGGAGCCAGGCCAGGGCUCAGAGAGCUACAGCAGCCCCGGUUUCUGCAGCACCCCAGAGGCGCCUUAUGCUUCCCUGACAGAGAUAGAGCACCUGGUGCAGAACGUUUGUAAGUCCUACAGAGAGACUUGUCAGCUGCGGCUGGAGGACCUGCUCCGGCAGCGUUCCAACGUCUUCUCCCGGGAGGAGGUGACCGGCUACCAGAGGCAGUCCGUGUGGGAGAUGUGGGAACGCUGCGCCCACCACCUCACUGAGGCCAUCCAGUACGUGGUGGAGUUCGCCAAGAGGCUCUCGGGCUUCAUGGAGCUCUGCCAGAACGACCAGAUCGUGCUCCUCAAAGCAGGAGCUAUGGAAGUGGUGCUGGUCAGAAUGUGCAGGGCCUACAACGCCGACAACCACACAGUCUUUUUCGAAGGCAAAUACGGUGGCAUGGAACUGUUCCGAGCCUUGGGCUGCAGCGAGCUCAUCAGCUCCAUCUUUGACUUCUCCCGCUCGCUCAGCGCCUUGCGAUUUUCCGAGGAUGAGAUUGCCCUCUACACGGCGCUUGUUCUCAUCAACGCCAGCCGGCCGGGGCUCCAAGAGAGAAGGAAAGUGGAACAGCUGCAGAGCAAUCUAGAGCUGGCCUUUCACCACCAUCUCUGCAAGACUCAUCGUCAAGGCAUCCUGGCAAAGCUGCCGCCCAAGGGGAGGCUCCGGAGCCUGUGCAGCCAGCACGUGGAAAAGCUGCAAAUCUUCCAGCACCUCCACCCCAUCGUGGUCCAAGCUGCUUUCCCCCCACUCUACAAGGAACUGUUCAGCACUGAGAUCGAGCCCCCAGAGGGGCUGUCCAAGUGACCCGCCCAGGGGGUGGGGACUCCCUUCCUCUGCCUGUGGCCUGCCGGCCUGCCGGCCUGCCUCCCUGAACCCCGUUCUACCCUCAGCCCCCUCCUGUCCCGUCUCCUCUGGAGGUGUGCUCCCUGCCUCUUUUUUGG